UGCACGCGCAUCAGCACCACCGAUGCGGUGGACCUUGGCCGUGGCUGUCCCAAGAGUGGGGUUACCGUGCUCGGAAACAAAUCCGAAAAGUGAAACCAGUUUUGAAGCAGAAGAGUGGCGCACCCAUCGACAGCUCGAGAGCUUGUACUGAGGCGAUCGCUACGCACACCACCGAACGGACGCACCAACAACGACAACCGACGAUCGCUGUGCAAAAUGUUGAAUUCUUCGUUUUUGUUGACUCCUCAAUGUCGUCUUAUUGUAGGCAACGCGGCGCGGUGCGGCGUGUCGGAAGGUGGGAAGGCCACUGCCACGGGAGGGUAGGAUAAAAACCAGUUCCUCCUCCUGAGUUUGUCCAAGAAGUUGGUGUUGAAGAUAGCGAGAUCGAAUGCCCUGUGCGUUGUUGACGCGAUCUAGGCCCCGUGAUCAGUUCUGCGCGGUAUCGUCUUCCGGACAGUGCCGUCUUUUGGGCCGCAGCUCUCGUCACUGAGCUGCUUCUUAAUAGUGUAAAAGUUUGACCAAAUUGUUGUGAGGCUUGGGUGUUGUAUGUGCAACGUAUUAGAACAUCCGUUGGGGUGAAUAAGAUGAAGACGAUUACGAUUGCAUGCGCCUUGGUGCUGCUGAGUGUCACAAUUUAUGGAGCUCACGGACACCAUGGAGAAUCGGGUGAGAGUGGAUCGUGCGAAGACGAUCACGAUCAUCAUCAUACGCAUCAUAGAGACCACCACGGCGGUCGCGGUUAUGGCUAUCGACAGGGAGUAGCCGUUGGAGCAGGUUUCGGGUAUAAUCCAUAUAACGGUGCUUCACAGUACGGUUAUGGUGCGGCCGCUGGUGGAUCAAACCUGUUCGACACGGUGACAAAGAACACGGCCGCUGUGUUCGAUAGUGUGAACAAACAGAUCGGACAAACGUUCAACGCCUUAGCACGCCCAGUGGGUGCUGGAUUCGGUUUUAUGCCAGGUGUCCCACUUGGCAAUGGUUUCGGAGGUGCAGGAGGUUAUGUCCAGUACGGACAACAGCCGUUCGGUGCUCCAUUUGGUUUCGUUCCUCCUGGUCAGCGACCUGGUCAGAAGCCUGGUUUUGCGCCUGGUUUCGGAUUUGGUCAAGGACAACCACAGCAGGGCUUCGGAUGGCCUCAGAAUUCGUUCAAUCAGCAGAAUCCUACUGGAGGAUCAAUGUAUCCGCCAAGUCCUCUCGUUCCGGGAUCGUCAGUUCCAGUGAACCCUGCACCAGCUCCUCCAGCACCGCCAGCCCCACCAGCACCGGUAGCACCUGUUGCUCCAAGCAAUCCUCCACGUGGACCCGAAGUGACUCCAGCUGUUCCUAGUAAUCCGCCACCAGUGCCACCACCACCGUCACCGCCUUCUAACAACUGGAACUCAGGAACGGUGCCCCCCGUGCCACCACCACCCCCUCCACCAUCCAAUAGCUGGAACUCGGGAGAUGUACCACCGGUGGCUCCACCACCACCGCCACCACCACAAGUUCCUUCCAAUCCUCCUCCGGUACCUCCUGCACCACCAGCUCCAGCAGCCCCUGUACCGGUAGCACCGAAGGACAGCAUCGUUCCAGAGGACGAGGACGAUGAUAAGGCGAUCUACGAUAUCGAUAUCCGCGGAGAGUUCGAGAAGGAAGAGCCAAAAAUCCGCCGAAAGCGUCAACUCUUCUCGAACCUUUUCAAUUCCAUCGGAGGUUUGGUCAAUACGGCCGUGAACACUGCCGGCAAUUUCGCUCAAGGAACCCUUAACCCUGGUCAAGGCCAAGUUCAAGGACAGGGUGGAUUCCCCAAUUUUUUCCGACCACAACAACCUCAGCAGCCGCCACCAUCACAGCAGCAGCCAGCACCGGCACAGCCACCGGUACAGUCGGAACAAGUGACCAAAACGCCCGAACUCAAUCUGCAAACCCUCGGUGAAGACGGCAUGGUAUGGACAUACGAAUCACUCGGGGUGAAGCCACCACAAUCCGGUCGCGUAAGACGUGACACGGAUGUGAUCUACUUCCCGGAUGAUGAUGAUGACGAUCGCUUCAACAUUCACAAGAAGCCACCGAUGACACAGCAUCCAGCCGUUUACCCGAAGCCUCCACAGUCCUCCGGGUCGCAGGCUGGCUCUCAGAGUCAAUCACAGAACAUUGCAAAUGGAUUCGAACAGAGCAGUGGUUCGCAAUCGCAAACACAAACCAUCCAGAACCAACACGGAACGUUCAAUCAGAAUGCGGCCGGUAGCACAUCGGGAAAUGUAGCCGUUGAUGGAUCCUCUGGGCAGCUGAGUGCGGCCAAUACGCAGCAACAGAGCUUCCAAACGGCCCAUGGCUCCGGCAGCCAGAACCAGGCCAACAGUCAAUCGGCCAACUUUGACAAGAACGGUAACCUGCAGCUCUCGAACUCGAACGCCAACACGAUGUCGAUCCGGGAGAAGGACAAGUACAAGGAGCAGGCCAAUGCCGGUUCGUCUUCGGUGAACCAGAACCAGUUCGGACAAUCGUCGGCCAAUGCACAGACCAACUCGGAAACGUUCUUUGAGAAUGGUAUCCAGGGCAACAAGAACAGCGCCUCGAGCCAGAGUCUGCAGACGAACAAGGACGGAUCGGUUUCGGGAUCGAACAGUAACACCAUGUCCGGGACGUUCACCGGUCCGGGCGGAAUUACUGGCUCGUCUUCGUCCAGCCAAUCGUCCAGCUUCAACAAGGGCCCCGGGGGUGUUGGCGAAUCAGGGGCUACCAGUGGUUCCUGGAGUAGUGCCACGGGUGGUACGGCGAGUAGUGGUGCUUCGUCGGCAGCCUCAUCGGCCAGCUCGUCCGCUACUGGACCACUCGCAUUCAGUCUCAGUGGAUCAUUCGCUCUUCCACAGCUUCCAGGGAUUGGACUAAUACCUGGCUUUCCGAAGCUAUUUGGAAAUCGUAUGGGAGAGGAUGAACCUCCGGCAGUUAGUGCUUAAGUUUUAUAAAACGCAUAAAUGGCCUGUUCUUGCCUUAAAAGUGAAC